GGAGCCUUGCGCCCUUGCCCCAGUAACACACGCUUCCCAUGCCCGCCAUUAACUCCCCUCGCUCGGCUUCGGCUCACUCCCCACCUCCCUCCUCCCUCCUCCCUCCCCAAAGCCUCACGCACUCCACCACGCCACCUCCCUCCCUCUCCGUAGACUCCUGUCUCUACCUAUCCGCCCACCGCUUCGCGGCUCGCGCGCUCCCUCCCCGAAACCCUAGCCCCACCCCUGGGGGUGGCGGGGGCGCCUCCGGUGGGUGGCAUCGACAAGCAGGGUGGCGCUCGGCUCGUUUGAUCCGUUUGGCUGAUUGGGCCCCGCGCCCUUGCUGUUGCUCUUCGGUUCGGCGGCGUGGCGCGGGGAGCUCGGGAAUGGGGAACUGCUGGGGCGCGCGGAUCAAGGAUGGGAGCCCUCAACCUGGCGCCUCAGGGAUGUUCUCAAAGAGUGGUGGCAAGGAUGGGAGUAGGCUUAGCGGCUGUAGUAGUCGAGCCUCUUCGGCUUCCAUGCCUCCAAAUGCGAAGACGGAGUGCGAGAUCCUGCAAUCUGCCAAUGUUAAGAUCUUCAGCUUCAAUAAUCUCAAAGCGGCCACAAGGAACUUCCGUCCUGAUAGUGUGCUAGGUGAAGGAGGGUUUGGAUCCGUCUAUAAAGGAUGGGUUGAUGAAAAUACAUUGGCACCCUGCAGACCUGGCACUGGAAUUGCUGUUGCUGUGAAAAGACUCAAUCAGGAGGGUUUGCAAGGACACCGAGAGUGGUUGGCGGAAGUUAAUUACCUAGGUCAGUUCUGUCAUCCCAACCUUGUCAAGCUAAUUGGGUACUGCGUAGAGGAUGAACACCGACUGCUAGUGUACGAGUUCAUGCCCCGUGGGAGCUUGGAAAAUCAUCUAUUUAGGAGAGGCUCGUACUUUCAACCUCUUUCAUGGAACCUUAGAAUGAAGGUUGCACUUGGAGCUGCGAAGGGACUAGCUUACCUUCACAGUGCAGAGGCAAAAGUUAUUUACCGAGAUUUUAAGACUUCCAAUAUUCUCCUUGACACGGACUAUUCUGCGAAACUUUCUGAUUUCGGAUUGGCAAAGGAUGGUCCUGUUGGUGAGAAGAGCCAUGUGUCCACAAGAGUAAUGGGAACAUAUGGUUAUGCAGCUCCUGAAUAUCUUUCAACAGGUCACCUAACUGCAAAGAGUGACAUCUAUAGCUUUGGAGUAGUGCUUCUGGAGAUGUUGUCAGGCCGCCGCGCCAUCGACAAAAACCGGCCCCAAGGGGAGCACAAUCUCGUCGAAUGGGCUCGACCUUACCUCACACAUAAGCGCAAGAUAUUCCGGGUCCUUGAUGCCAGGCUAGAAGGUCAAUACUCUCUCAGCGGUGCACAAACAAUUGCCACCCUUGCUCUUGAAUGCCUGUCCUAUGAAGCUAAAAUGAGGCCGUCUAUGGAUGCUGUGGUCACUAUUCUAGAAGAGCUUCAGGACUCCAGUGAAGCAGAGAAGCAUCAGGAACCCAAGACUGGAACCAAACAGACGCCUGCUGCUGUGAGUGCUAGCAAGAGCAACCGCAAGCCUCGCCGGAAAAGCUUGGGAGGCACGAAGGAGACCGUUGGCCCGAAUCCAAAAUCAUUGGCUCAUUCUCGUUAGCGAAGGGUAGCUUGAUCAAGUUGUUUAGCUAGAUUUUAGCUUGUGAAUAUGAUGUGUAUAUUGAGGGUAAUCAGGCUUUUGGCUACAAGUCGUUUCUUCUUUCUCAUGAGCUGUUCAGCUUCAGCUGACAGCGAAGGGAUUUGUAUGUCGAAACUCAUGGCAUCAGGAGAGCUCAUGGUUUGCAAGCUGUUGAUGAUUCUUGAGGCUUUGUC